ACACGACUGCGGCUGCUGCAGAAUCGAUGAGCUGACCGGAGCCAGCUGUGCACCCCGGGUCCUCCGCCGUCCCUGCUGCCUUCAUCACGUCCACAUUUCGGGCUGCACUCCAACUGAGGUACAGCGUUCCUGAGUGAAAGGAUGUUUCCCUCCUUUACAUCAGUGCUGUUAGUCACUGCACUGACCAGUGUCUGGGCCCAGGACCUCUAUGAAGAGAGGAGAACUGCUAAGAAAUCCAGAGUCAAACCUCUGGCUGCCAAUAUUCAUUAUGGACAAGCCAUCCAAGACGAGGACUGCAGCUUGGAGCUCUCCUUCCUGUUGGACAGCUCUGAGAGCGCUAAGGACAACCAUGAGCAGGAAAAGCAGUUUGCCAUGAACGUGGUGGACAGACUCCAAGGGGUUCGACUGCAAACCGGCCGCAGCACGAGUUUGAGGGUGGCCCUGUUGCAGUACAGCAGCCAUGUCAUCACAGAGCAAACUUUCAAAGACUGGAGGGGCAUGGAGAACUUCAAGACCCGGAUCGCUCCCAUCAUCUACAUCGGGCACGGCACCUACACCACCUACGCCAUCACCAACAUGACCAAGAUUUACCUGGAGGAAUCCAGUCCUGGCAGCAUCAAGGUGGCCAUCCUCCUCACAGAUGGCACUUCCCACCCAAGGAACCCUGACAUCUUCUCCGCUGUCGCUGACGCCAAGAACCAGGGUGUCAAGUUCUUCACCCUGGGCAUCACCCGGUCGGCCAAUGACCCAGCCAAUGUAGACCAGCUGCGUCUGCUCGCCAGCUCCCCUGCCUCCCGGUUCUUCCGCAAUUUACAGGACGAAGACAUAGUCGAGAAAAUCGUGACUGAGAUUACUGGCCUGGCUGACGAAGGAUGCCCUCUGGCUCAGAGAUGUGCUUGCGAGAGAGGGGAGAGGGGGCCCAGUGGGCCUGCGGGAAAGAAAGGUCGAUCCGGAGAUGAUGGAACCCCGGGGCUCAAAGGGCAUAAGGGUGAAGCAGGAUUGAGUGGUCUACCUGGACGAGAAGGUGCUGAGGGGAAAUUAGGUCUGAAAGGAGAUAAGGGUGAGGGGGGGGAAUGUGGCACUCCAGGAAUCAAAGGAGACAGGGGUCUUGAAGGUGCACUUGGUCCAAGAGGAGUCAGAGGCCCGCAGGGGGUACCAGGACCACAUGGAGACAUCGGACCAGAGGGCCCUCCGGGGAAACAGGGUGAACGUGGCCCAGCUGGUCCUCCAGGAAUUCAAGGGGAAACUGGUAUUGGACUUGCUGGACCAAAAGGUGACAUGGGGUUCCAGGGCAGGCCAGGUCCUCAUGGUCCUCAAGGAGUGGGGGAACCUGGACUUCCUGGACCUCAAGGAUCUCAAGGCGUUCAAGGGGACAAAGGACCCCAGGGUGAAGGGUUCCCUGGACCAAAGGGUGAUCGGGGGCUCCCAGGACCGAGGGGGCCAAGGGGACAGCAGGGUGCAGGAAUCAAAGGAGACAGGGGUGAACUUGGGCCUGCAGGUCCUCUCGGGCCAACUGGACUGACAGGAGCUGGCAUACAGGGAGAAAAGGGUGUUGAGGGUCCAAGAGGUCCACCAGGAGUCAGAGGGCUAACAGGAGAAGGUUUACCCGGAUCUAAGGGAGACCAAGGUUUACCAGGAGAGCAGGGAGGUCCAGGAGAGAGAGGCAUUGGUGAGCCUGGUUCAAAGGGAGAGCUUGGAACAGCUGGUUUGGGUGGGCUGCCUGGUCUUCCUGGAGAAGAUGGAGCUCCAGGACAGAAGGGGGAGCCUGGUUUAUCAGGUUUAAGAGGUCUUGAGGGAGCACAAGGAAUUGGAACUCAAGGGGAGAAAGGUGACCAGGGUAUGAGGGGUAUCCGUGGGUUACAUGGUCCUCCAGGGAUUUCAGGACCCUCUGGACCAAAGGGAGAACGUGGAAUACCAGGUCAGCAGGGCAUCUCAGGUCAGCCAGGACGGUCUAUAUCUGGUUCAAAGGGUGAUCAAGGUCCUGUUGGGCCCCAUGGUCCUGUUGGGGAAACAGGCCUUGGACUGCCCGGUCCAAAGGGUGAUCGUGGUCAUCCAGGUUUACCGGGUCCACAUGGUCCAAAAGGAGAAGGCUUUCCUGGCCCUGAGGGUCCUCCAGGCCUGCCAGGCUUACAAGGAGAACUAGGCCCAGAGGGAAUUGGAAUUCCUGGUCCAAAGGGUGAUGUUGGCUUUAGAGGAUUGCCAGGAUUGCCUGGCCCAUCUGGAGAGGGCUUACCAGGACCACCGGGUAAUCUUGGGAGAUCAGGACCCCCUGGUCCAAUUGGAACUCCAGGCGAAGGCAUUCAAGGUCCAAAGGGAAUGCCUGGAUCUCAAGGUAUGACUGGACCAAGAGGUCCUACCGGAGACGGCUUUCCUGGCCCUAAGGGUGAUCGUGGAUUACUGGGUGAGAGGGGAAUUAAAGGUUUCAAAGGAGAGAUGGGAGAUACUGGAGUCGCUGGUGAAGCAGGGAAGCCAGGAACAAAAGGAGAAACAGGCCUGACGAGAGAAGACAUUAUUAAGCUGAUCAAAGAAAUCUGUGGAUGUGGCAUCAAGUGCAAGGAGAGGCCCAUGGAGCUUGUGUUUGUCAUCGACAGCUCAGAAAGUGUCGGCCCCGAGAACUUUGAAAUCAUCAAAGACUUUGUCACACGGCUGGUGGACCGCACCACAGUUGGUCGAAACGCCACCAGGAUCGGACUGGUCCUCUACAGUCUGGAGGUCCAUUUGGAAUUCAACUUGGUUCGCUACAUGACCAAACAGGAGGUCAAGCAGGCGAUCAGAAAAAUCUCUUACAUGGGUGAGGGCACCUACACAGGCACCGCCAUCAGAAAAGCCACUCAGGAGGCCUUCUUCAGCGCUCGGCUUGGAGUCCGGAAAGUGGCCAUCGUCAUCACCGAUGGGCAGACCGACAAGCGAGAGCCUGUUAAGCUUGAUCUAGCUGUGAGGGAGGCUCAUGCUGCCAACAUCGAGAUGUAUGCACUGGGGAUCGUCAAUUCAUCUGAUCCGACACAGGCUGAGUUUCUGCAGGAACUCAACCUCAUUGCCUCUGACCCCGACAGUGAACACAUGUACCUUAUUGAUGACUUCAACACACUACCAGCACUGGAGUCUCAGCUUGUCAAUAAGUUCUGUGAAGAUGAAAACGGCGCAGUCUUUUACAAUCGCAUCGCAAAUGGACAAAGGAACGGCAACAAUGGGCAUGGUAUCAAUGCACACAAUGGAAACAAUGGAUAUAAUGGCCAUGGUAAUAAUGGUUAUGUUUAUGGAAAUAAUGGACAUGGGAACAACGGGAAUACUUAUAACUACCAAGAGGAGAUUCAAAACGAGAGACGCACCAACACCAGAGGCCGUGGAGACACUUUCACGCUGCCCAUCAGUGCGGAUCCUCUCCCUUUUCAGGUGGUGGAAGAUGAUGAUGGUGAAGAUUUAGACAUCAGAGCCCAAGUGCGGGCCAGCACCACUGUGGCUGUUGUUAACAAAACAACAGUGCCUGAAUCUUCUGUGACAGAUCGCUCUGUCCCCAACAAAGCAGUCAUAUCAUCUUCGUCCUCCUCAUCCUCAUCAGCAGCAUCUUCUUCAACGCUGGAUUCAGAAAUAUCCUUAAACUCGAAUCAACUGCAGCCAGUGGUGACCCCGGUCCUGCUUGAAGAGGCCGCUAUUGAAUCCCGCUGUAACCUCAGCCUGGACCAAGGUACCUGCCGAGACUACAUCAUCCGCUGGUACUAUGACAAGCAGGCCAACGCCUGUGCACAGUUUUGGUAUGGAGGCUGUGGCGGAAAUGACAACCGUUAUGAAACAGAGGACGAAUGCAAGGAGACUUGUGUUCUAUCCAGAAGAGCUGGAUAAAAAGAAGAACAGAAGAAAGAAGCAGAACGUGACAGAAAGUUGACAUUUCUAUUCUACAUUCUUCUGAAGUGUUCUUUCAACGUGUUCAAAACUUCUCAUGCACUUUUGUCCCACAAUUAUAUUUUUUGGUUAAAUAGCGAAGGCGUGUGAGAUAGUCAGGCGCGGCGCGUCCCAUUGGGCAAGUCCGGCAGUUGCCCAGGGCCUCGGCCACCAGGGGGCCUCGUCGUAUUUAUGAUUUUUUUCUUUAUUUUUCAAAUAAAUCACUCCUCAUGUCCUCCUUCAUUCAAUAUGAACCCAAUAGCAAGACAGGUUUCAUCGUACUUUAUUUUCAACUUGGUUUUUGACACUCGCCCGCACAACAGUGUACAGGUAGCCGCUGUAGAGUCGCGGGUUGCCGACCCCUGCCUACGGCGAAAGAAUGAUUUGUUUACAGUUCCACUGUUAAAGAGAUGCGGACGUCAAAAGUUUUGACUCAAAACAUUAGUUCCUCCUCACAUAUCCCCUACCGCAGUUGGGGCGCAGUUUGAGAAUCACUGCAUUUGGGAGACCCAGAGGUGAACUGUCCCCCUCGCCCCCUCCCCUUCCCACUUCUCACACAGCAUCAAGCAGGGGUGCCUGCAGUUGCCAAUUCCCCACAGAGUGAUAUGAUAGAUAAUAGAAAACCGCUUCGCGGGCCAGAUGAUUUUUUUUUGUGUGUUUGGUUAGUGCAGGGGUCGGCAACAUGCGGCUCCGGAGCCCCUCUGCAGUGGCUCCCUGUACAGUGUUAUGCAUGUUGCGCAUAUUUUUCGCGAACGGUGAACUUAACGAAUAAGUUUUCAUAUAAUGAACGUGAGUGAACGUCACGUUCAUUUUUUAAAUCAUCAUCAUAUCAGGCCGUCAUGAAAUACCAGGAGCGGGUGAAUGUGUGGGUGCGUGCUCCCAGAUAGCGGACACACACACACACAGGCCCCGGGGCUCCGCCCCCCGCCCCGCUCACUCGCUCAGAGAGACUCAGUGAGAUCAGAGCUCGUUCACGUGAAGCAGCCACUCAGUGACUUACUGCCUGCUUCUUAUCAGUGGAAACAGUGAAAACAUAGAGUUUCUCUGGUCACAGCUGAUCAGAGAUCAGCGCUGCAGCUUCUUGAUCAGAGCAGAAGCUGCAUUUGGUUUGUACCGAGCUUCAGUGUCUGUGUCCGCCUCCAGUCUGACCUGGUCUCAUGUUUUGUUUUAAUAUUUCGUCAACUAAAAUAUGCGUCACAUCCUAUUACGUCCUGGCGCUCUUACCUGCAGGUUGCUAAUCUAUAGUGUCCGACCCCCGGCCUCGGUAAACUAACCAGGGACAAAUCCCCCAAAAGAAAUGUCUGGGAGGUAAAUAGAGAGUUUAAUUCUGCGUGGACAGAUUAAUUUUCAGAUUAACUUUCACUGCCAACGAUGUAGGUUUACCUGUAUGCUUGAUAUGUGGCGAGGAAUUAGCAAACUAUAAGAAAAGUCAUGUUGAAAGACAUUUCCAGAGCGAGCACACAGCAUCUGCUGAAAAGUACCAAGCUGGAGAUGAGCAAAAAAAGCAGAGUUCUGUGUUUCAUUUAAUUCAAAGUAGGCCUACACAUGUAUUAUGUUCUCCUCUUCAUAAGAGUUUGGUGUUUUCCUUUUUUGUAACAGGUUAAAAUAGCAGUUAAACCGUUUUUUUAUUGUCGUUCUAUAAUUUAAUAAAUGCAACAAACUAUAGUUUUUAAAUAUAUUGUAUAACUAUAUAUAUAACUUUAUAACCUGUGUUAUCAAAUAUUUUUUUGGCUCCAAGAGGGGAAGAGGGGGCAAAAUGGCUCUUUCGAUAGUAAAGGUUGACUACCCCUGGGUUAGUAUGACACAAAAACUAACUCACUCACUCACAUGUCUCCCUUUCUCACACACUUAUUUACUCACUUUCUCUCUCUUUCUCUCUCUCUCUCUCUCUCUCUCUCUCUCUCUCUCUCUCUCUCUCUCUCUCUUUCUCUCUCUCUCACACACACACACACACACACACACACACACAUAGUCAAAAUAGAUUAUUUUUUUUUGGGGGGGGGGGGGGGCCCAUUGGAGGCCCUGUUCUUUGCCCAGGGCCUCCAAUUAGCCAGAACUGCCCCUGGAGAUAGUCAUGACAAAUCGAAUCAAACGCUGAAAAAGUGCCAUUAUGUUACUGUUUUAACCUCCUGACUUAAUAACCUCUACAAGAACUGACUGCAUUACCUCAAAGAAAUUGUACAGAAGAGAAAAUAGUCUUAAUCCUGGCUGUCCUGGGUUUAAAGCGACGACUUCAGGGAAUUAACUACAGUUCAAAUCCAAUCUAUAAAUAAGCUAUGGUUUAGAUCUUUUGCCUAUUAGACCCAUGUAUGCUAUACAUACAGUUAAUAUAGUUCUAAUAAAAUAGCAAUAGUGAGAUGUUUGUUUACAUUAUGUUGACCUGCUGAAAUAUGUCCUGACUAUUUUCGUGCAGCUGUAAUAAAGGGCCGGCCAUUACUGUUUUCAGAGGUCUGGUAAAAGUGGCAACUUGUACAUUGAAGCAUUCUGAAAUCAACCCAUUUAAAUGCCUGUCUACUUGGGCAGCGUGU